AUGGCGACCUCGGGAUUCAUCGCCGAGGCGGUCCUGCAACGGUUAGAGUCGCUGGUCUUCCAACACCACAGACCGAAAUUCUGGGCCCGGUAUGUGGAUGAUACCUUCGUCGUCAUCGAACGGGAUCAGGUGUUGACAUUCCAAGAACAUCUCAACGCCGUCUUCCCGGACAUUCAAUUUACGAUGGAGGAGGAAGAGAACAACCAGCUGGCCUUCCUGGAUGUCCUCGUAUGCCGCAAGGAUUGUGGUGGACUAAAGACCAAAGUGUUCAGGAAAGCGACAAAUACGAUGCAAGUACUGAACUUCAACAGUAACCACCAAUCAGCCACAAACGCAGUUGCGUAA